UCUCUUUUCUGCUCCAUUAUCAUUAUUUGCUGUUGGCUUGUUAAGGUGUGUAGGCCUAUGUGCUGCCAACUGACACUGGCUUUUUACAUGGGUUGGAUUAGGAUGAGUUGGAUAGAUUCUUAAGCUCACCUCUCACUCCUCAUUUUACCUCACUUUCCCUCUUCUCAUGCUCUCUUUUUCCCUCACUUUCCUUUCGUUUUUCUUUUUCAUUUUCUUUUUCUUUUUCUGCUUGCUAUUGGCAUUUCUCUAGUCUCAUUUAGUUAACCCAUCUGUUUAUUCUCAACAACUUGAAGAAAUUUCUUAUAUAAUUGUAUUUUAUUCUGUUUUCAGGAAUCUUUUCUAUGAUUUUGGUCUACUAUUGAGUUGCAACUAUUCCUUUCUUGAAUUUAUUUACUUUACUCAAUCACCCUGUUUCCCUUCUCGUGUUCAAUUUCUGGAGCCAUGUUAGACAUGGGUUCUUUGCAAUUUCUGAUGUGAAAAAUUUUCUCUAAAUCUCAGCUCUUUCCUUUUUGUUUACUUGCUUCACCUCUUUACAUCUCCAUGGCAACCCAAAUCCUUCUCUUUGGUAUUUGGAAUUAUCUUCAUCUGGUUUCUGAAGUCUGAAUCAAAAAGAAAUGCAAAGACUUCCAUUUUUUUUUCUUGCUUGUUUCUGUUCAUAAAUCUGUAGUCUAAAACCAUCCAAAGAAACUCUUGGUUGAAGAUUCAGUCAGUUCCAGUGGGCUAUACUGUGUAGAAGCUGGCUAACAGAUUUGAAGAGAAUAAAGAUGGGGUGGUUCUCUGUGGCGAUAACAUCCAUAUCUUUACUUUGUGUAGUGAGUACAGUGAGUGGAAUUGGUGCCAACUGGGGCACACAAGCAUCGCAUCCACUGGCCCCAGAAACUGUGGUGAGGCUCCUGAGGGAGAAUGGAAUCCAAAAAGUUAAGCUUUUUGAUGCAGAUUAUGAUACACUGAGAGCCCUUGGUAAGUCUAAUAUUGAGGUCAUGGUGGGAAUCCCAAAUGACAUGCUUUUAUCUAUGGCUACCAGCAUGAAGGCUGCUGAGAAAUGGGUUUCCAAAAACGUCUCCACACACAUCUCUACUAAUAAUGUCAAUAUCAGAUAUGUUGCAGUAGGUAAUGAACCUUUCUUGCAAACAUACAAUGGCAGCUUUCUCAAAACAACCUUCCCGGCUCUCCAGAAUGUUCAAUCUGCCCUUGUAAAAGCUGGGCUAAGCAACCAAGUAAAGGUGACAGUCCCGCUUAAUGCUGAUGUCUACGAGAGCUCAACUGGUGUCCCAUCUGGUGGUGACUUCCGGGCUGAUAUCCAUGAUCUCAUGCUUACCAUUGUCAAGUUCUUGAGCGACAGUGGUUCCCCAUUUACUGUGAAUAUAUAUCCUUUCAUAAGUCUAUACUCUGAUCCGAACUUUCCAGUCGAGUAUGCCUUCUUUGAUGGAAAUGCAACCCCAGUGAAUGACGGUGGGACAUCUUACUACAACAUGUUUGAUGCUAAUUAUGAUACUCUUGCGUAUUCCUUGCAAAAGAAUGGAUUUGGAAACUUGCCUAUUAUUGUUGGAGAGAUUGGGUGGCCUACUGAUGGAGAUAGAAAUGCCAACGUAGAAUAUGCUCAACGAUUCAACCAAGGUUUUAUGUCACAUAUUUCGGGUGGGAAAGGAACCCCAAUGAGGCCUGGACCUAUUGAUGCAUAUUUAUUUAGUUUGAUUGAUGAGGAUUCUAAGAGCAUUGAUCCGGGGAACUUUGAACGGCACUGGGGGAUAUUUACAUUUGAUGGAAGAGCCAAGUACUCCCUUAACCUUGGCACCAUGAAUUCAGGAGUUUUAGUUGAAGGAAAAAAUGUUCGUUACCAGGAGCGUAAAUGGUGUGUGAUGAAGUCAUCAGCCAAGAUUGAUGACCCAAAUGUGGCACCCAGUGUGAGCUAUGCUUGUGGACUUGCUGACUGCACAAGCCUGGGUUAUGGGACAUCUUGUGGAGGUAUGGAUGCUAGGGGGAACAUUUCAUAUGCAUUGAACAGUUACUAUCAGAGGCAGAAUCAGCUUGACAGUGCAUGCAAGUUUGAAAACAUUUCAACGAUUACCAAAACUGAUCCAUCAACUGGAACUUGCAGAUUUGAGAUAAUGAUAGAGCCGUAUUAUGGAGGCACUGAACAUAUGGUAGGAUGCCCUCAAAGGUUAUUGGGUUUGGCUGCAGGUUUUAUUCUGUUUUGGUUAACGAUUUUAUAAAUUUGAAGGAUCCUAAUUUUAGACCUAUGGUUUUUGGACAAAUAUGGUGUAAUGAUAACUAAGAGAAUUGCAGAAAUAACAUGAAUGUAGUUCAAUUUUUUUGAGCAAUCUAGAAACCAGGGUCUGGUUAAUUA